AUGGAGCCUAAGAACAAGUCAGGCGCUAUUCAAGCACUCGUUGUCGCCAUCUAUGAGAUCGGCUGUCUCAUUGGAUCUAUCCUGAUCAUCUGUUAUGGUGACAAGCUCGGAAGACGACGAGCAGUGUUGAUUGGGACGCUGAUCAUGCUCGCCGGAACCGCCAUCCAAGCCGCAAUCGUGACGGGCAUCGGAAACGGCAUGAACACCUCCUCAAUCCCGGUCUGGCAAUCCGAAAUGGCACCACCCAAGACCAGAGGCUUCCUCGUGCUCUUCGAAGGCGCCCUGAUCACCGGCGGCAUCAUGGUCAGCUACUGGCUCAACUACGGCUUCUGGUUCGUCAACCAAAACUCAUUCCAAUGGCGCUUCCCGCUCGCCUUCCAAGCCGUCUUCGGCCUCAUCCUGAUCGGCGGCAUCCUGCUGUUCCCGGAGUCGCCGCGGUGGCUGCUCAAGCACGGCCGCGACGAGGAUGCCUUGCAGAUCCUGGCCAACCUGCACAGCACGACCGUCGACGACGCGGAGCUGCUGCGCGACGUCGACGAGAUCAAGAAGGUCAACGCCAUCACGACGGGCAGGAGGCUGACGGUGAAAGAGUUCUUCUCGAACGGGCCCGAGAAGAACGGGUGGCGGGCGGGCGUCGCGUUCGCGUCGCAGGCCUUCCAGCAGAUUGGCGGGAUUAACCUCGUCACCUACUACGCCACCACCGUCUUCGAAACCUCGCUCUCCUUCUCCCCCGAGCUCUCGCGCCUGAUGUCCGGCUUCCUCGGCACCGAGUACUUCCUCGCCGCCGUCCUGGCCCUCUUCAUCGUCGACCGGCUCGGCCGCCGUCGUCUCAUGAUGUGGGGCGCUCUAGGCAUGGCGCUCUGCCUGCUGAUCAUCGGCAUCUGCCUCUCGCAAACGACGCCGUCCUAUCGCGCGCCGGCCUACGCCGCGACCGUCUUCAUCUUCGUCUACAACACGUGUUUCGCCGUGGGGUGGCUGGGCGUGACGUGGCUCUACCCAGCAGAAGUGACGCCGAUCCGCAUCCGCGCCGAGGCCAACGGGCUGUCGACCAGCGCCAACUGGAUCUUCAACUACGCCGUCGUGCAGCUCAGCCCCAUCAUGAUCAACCGCAUCAGCUGGCAGACGUACUUCGUCUUCAUGUGUUUCAACCUGGCCUUCGUGCCGGUCGUGUACUUCACGUUUGUCGAGACGAACGGGUACAAGCUCGAGACGAUGGACGGCAUCUUCGCCGAGGCGCAUGAGAAGGGCGAGAAUCCCGUGUGGACGGAGAAGAGGGUCAGGAAGGGUGGGGAGCUGGAUGUGGUAGUGACGAGGGAGAAGGGAAACUCAAGCGAGGGGAAGAGGAGUCGUAGUUUAGGUGGUGAGGAGCGGAAGGAGCGGGUGUGA